CUUAAGUCUAUGAUUUAACCUCAGAUAUUUUCUUUUAACUCAUAUAUUUUUGUUUUGUUGAAUAUCAAUAUAAAAAUGGAAAGUGAAAAAACUCCUACUUGUGAAACGGAAAAAGCAGUUGAAAAUAAUUCUGAUGAUCCUUUCGCCUAUUUGAAUCGCCAUUUUUCUAAUGAACAGUUUAAAAUAGUCUUAAGGAAUCUACCUGCAUAUUACGGCAUAAGUGAGUUCAAGAAGUUGCUUAAUGAUAAACUCAAACUGAAUUCCAGGAAAAUUAAACAAGCCAACAGGAAUGCACGUUAUGCGUUUAUUUGCUUCCGAAAUGAAGAAGAUAGAGAAAAUGCAAUCAAAGUCUUAACUGGUUACAGUUGGAAAGGAAAAGUUCUUGAAGUUUUGAAAGCAAAACCAUCAGCUGACCCUUUUGUACUCAAAAGAAGCCAAGAAAAUGACCAUAAAGAUGGCAGUUCAAAAAAAUUCAAGAAUGACAAAGCAUCUGACAAUAGAACUCCAGAGGAACGUGUGAAGGAGUCAACUAUUCCUCUUGCAGAUAUCCCUUACAACGAUCAAUUGAAAUUGAAAGAGCAAAAUAUAAGAACAAUUAUAGAAAAAUUAGGGAAAGAACUUUUACACUCAAGUCCAGAAUUGAGAUUAUGGAUCACUAAACAGAAACUUGUAAAUAAUGGGUUGAUUUGCCCAAUUGAAGUGAUAAAGCAUGCUGAUAAAAUAGAUGGGUAUAGGAAUAAGUGUGACUUUUCUUUUGGAAUCGAUGAAGAAACAAAAUUACCUGUAGUAGGUUUUAGAUUAUCUAGCUAUGCACAUGGCAGCAUAAGUGUUGGUCCUGUUGAAAAUCUCAGGCAUAUUCCAAACGAAAUGAAAAAACUUUGCAAGGUUUUUGAGAAUUUUGUGCAGCAAUCCAAGUUGGAGGUUUUCAACGCUGAAAUACAGUGUGGACAUUUCAGACAACUCACGGUAAGAUUAGCGGAUAAACAAUUGAUGAUUAUUGUUGGAAUUCAUCCACAAAAUUUAUCAGAGGAGGAACUGAAAGACUUCAAGGGAGAUUUGGUUGAAUAUUUUUCUAAUGGACCUGGUAAAGACACCGGAGUAACAUCUCUAUACUACGAAACAAUAGUAAAAAAAACUUCACAAAACGAUUAUUUUCCUCCCGAACAUCUUUGGGGGGCCACACACAACUAUGAAAACAUUUUAGGACUCAAAUUCAAGAUUUCACCUGAAGCUUUCUUCCAAAUUAACACACAAGCUGUAGAAAUAUUGUACAAAACAGCAAUCGAUCUAGCAGAAACUACUGAAAAAACAACGAUACUAGACGUUUGUUGUGGUACUGGUACCAUAGGAUUGUGUUUUGCAAAGUACUGUGGGCAAGUCUUAGGUAUCGAAAUCAUAGCAAAGGCGAUAGCAGAUGCAAAAGAGAAUGCUGUUUUGAACAACAUUGAAAAUGCAAACUUUUUUGUUGGUAAAGCCGAAGAAACUUUAGGAUCUAUAUGUUAUAAAUCCAAGAAUGAGGAAAUUAUUGCAGUAUUAGACCCACCCCGAGCUGGACUACAUCAAAAGGCAAUCUUACAACUUAGAAAAGUAAAAAAAAUCAAACGAUUGAUUUAUGUUUCCUGCAAUCCCGAAGCUGCAAGGAAGAAUUUCUUCGAUUUGGGGCGACCAGAAUCAAAAACACUACAGGGGGAGCCGUUUGUUCCAGUAAAAGCUGUACCAGUCGAUAUGUUCCCUCAUACUAAGCACUGUGAACUUGUUAUUUUAUUUGAACGAUUCGACAUUGUAAGGCAGAGAGCUGAAAAGUUGAAUCUAGAAGAAAAUGAGAAAAAGAUUGAAAUGGAAGAAAAAGGUGAAAAUGCAGCGGAAAAGUUGAACCAACAGGAGGGUGAGAAAUCUGAAGUCAAACAAGAGAAAAACGGGGAUGAAAUAGUACAGAAUAUUGAAAAUUUAGAUUCAAGCGAUGACAAUAAAUUAACGAAAGUAGUGGACGAAGAUCAUGUAAAAAUUAUGCAAUAAAAUACAUAGUUUUAUUUCAA